AUGUCAUAUUGGCAGAACCAUCAGCAACAUAUUAUGUUAUCUUAUGAAUGGACGGUACAAAAAUUAGUCUUAUCGGUUUAUGAUUGUCUUGUUGCAAAAGGAUUACCAGUUUGGAUGGAUAUUAAAGCUGGACUACCAUCAGACAAUUUAUUUGAAGGCCUCGGUGAAGCCAUUGAAAACUCUGCUUGUUUUAUAUGUUUCAUGACGCCAGAAUAUCAACAAUCUGAAUUUUGUAAACAGGAGCUUCAAUACGCAAAAGCCUGCAAGAUACCAAUCGUACCAUUGAAGUUAGUACAAAACUGGGAACCAACAAGUUGGUUAGGUUUCAUAACGGCAGGUUUAUUGUGGCUUGAUUUUUAUCAUGUAAAAAACGUCGAGAAUAAAGCAGAUGAGCUUUACAAUCGUAUUUGUAGAUCAAUAGACAAUCAAAACCAAUUACAGAAUCCACACGUAUCCAACUCAAUCGAAAAAGAACAAUUUGUCUGUACAAAAUUAAAACCGCCCCCUCGUAGUCCUUCAUCCAGUAGACAAAAAAGCUCAUCUAUCCAGAAUAAAUUGCAGAAACCUGGUCUCAUUUCUAAAGAACAUCGUAUCAACAAUUCGGCCAAUCAAUCUUCGUACCAAGCAUCGGAUGCAUAUCAAAUGAAAAAUGAUAGUCUCCAAUCCAGAACAUCGAAUCAACAUAAGAAUAGCUUCCGUGGAGUAAAACCGGCUACUUAUGAACCCUUCGUGUGGAAUCUCAAUACUACUAGUGAUACAUCCCCCGAACGCAAUGACCGACCAGCUACAGUUUAUUCAUAUGCUAGUCAUGGUCGAAAAAGAUCGAAAUCCAGGACAAGGCUUCCAACUGCUUAUCAUGAAGAAAUAAAUGAUGCUAAAUUUCACGCAUAA